AUGAUAAAGGGAAGUCUAUAUCCCGGUGCUGCGAAGAGUGAAGAAGACACAUCAAUUCUUUCGACGAGAUCUAUAAGUGUUCAUGGCGCUUUAGGGUCCGGAGAAGGGUUGGUUCGGGAUGCAAGCAGAAUCAGUAAAGAUAUGGUUAAUAAGAGAGGGAGGGGAAGGCCUAGGAAAUAUGAGAAUGGUGGUCCAAUGAGUAAUGCCUCAGUUGAAGCUUUGCCACCUCCAACGGACGCGUAUUGUUUGACAAAACGACCUCGUGGACGGCCUAAGGGCACCGGCAAGUUUCAGGCUUUGGCUUCCACCGGUGAAUAUAUGGACACUGCUGGAGGAAGCUUUACACCUCAUGUACUACCUGUGUAUAAAGGAGAGGAUCUUGUUGAUAAGAUAGUAUCAUUUUGUGCAAGGGCUUGUUGUUCGGUUUGUGUUCCUACUGCUAGUGGUGCCGUCUCCAGUGUUACCCUUUGCGCCCCUGAUUCUUCUGCAGGAACUUUGACAUAUGAGGGGAGGUUUGAAAUUCUUACUCUCACCGGUUCUUCUGUUGUGUCCGGUGAAGUGGGGACUCGUCGUAAAACCGGUCUUUUGAGUGUUUCAUUGGCUAAUCCUCAUGGAAAGGUUCUUGGUGGAAGUGUUGAAGGUCCACUAAUUGCAGCUGGCCCUGGACCCAUCCAAGUAGGAUCCUUUAGUUCUUCUCUUAUUCUUGCUAGUUUCAAGCAAAACAUCGGUCGAGAAAUCCGACGGAAGUAUUGCGGAGGAGCAUUGACAUCAGCCAACAUUGUUGCCAGUUCAGAAAUGGUGAAUGUUCCCAUUAAUCAAGUUACUCCAGCGGCAGAUAAUCAAGAGAAGUGUACUUCACCCCAAGUACCAGUUACCAAGAAAGCAGAUACCCUGAAAUUAGAUACUGUUCCAACUGAAAUUAAUAACUUGAACUCUGCUUCUCUAUAA